ACUACUGUGGUUUUGGUGGGGUUCAGGGACGAAUCUUCAUAUUUAAACAUAUUCUUGGAGUGAGAGUAACGAAUUUAGCUCAGUAGUCUAGGUAGUACCUACUCGAACGGAAAUCAAAGUAGUUAUUACCAGGCUAAGUGAAGUGUAGGUACCGGUUUAAUAUGAAAUACAUUCUAAUUGUUUUCUUAUGUACCGCGGCGUUUGUUGCUGCUACGGAAGUUAAGAAAUGUCCUAAAAAUAAACACGGAAUAAAAUACGAUGAUCUAGAAGAUCGUGUUAAUCUUCAAAACUGUACAAAACCACCGUGUGUAGCAAAAAAAGAUACAUUUUUGAAGGUUGAAUUCAAAUUCACUCCAGAUCACGAUGUAAAAGGUGCUGUGAAUAAAGUAACUGCUGAAAUCCUGACGGCAAAACUUCCCUUUCCCGGUGUAGACGGACAAUCAGCAUGUUCUCACAUCUACGAAGCAGAUAAGAAAACUAAGGUCGAAAAUUGUGAAAUGAAAGCCGGAAAAGAUUAUUAUUAUAGUGACGGAUUUGAAGUUUUGAGAAUCUAUCCAAGAAUUCAAACAAAUAUUCAUUGGGAGCUCGUGGAACCAAGCAAUGGGAAAUCUCUUAUUUGUUUCGAGUUUAUUGUUAACAUCACCAACUAAUUAUAUUCAUAUCAUAUUGAAAAAAUAAAUUCAUUACAUUACUACAUUUUAGUUUAUUUUUUCACAUUGAAUACAAACAUAAUAAAUUCUGCACCGGUAGGUUUUUAAUCGACACUAUCAUUUAUCAUGUUUGUACAUAUUUCGGUAUGUGCCUACGGGAAGGUAUAUAGGACUUAAUAUACCAGGAGGCAGCGGCUUUUUUUCCAAAUGACGAAUUCGAAACUUUCCUAAGGUAAUAUUAUUCCAUGUGGAAUUAUUCUUACACAAAAUUGAUAUCAACUAGUAAAAGAAAACAACCGUCAGUCGUGCGGAAGACAAGGGAUGAUGCGUCAGUCGAGUGCGUUAACUUGACAAAAACUAUGAAUUUUAAAUUAUCUAAUCCCACUUUGAAUUCUUCCACAUCCUUUUAUACACACAAGGUUAGUCCCAGAAGUACCUGGCCUAACAAAAAAACACACAAAUAUUUAUUUUUAAACGUAAUCGCCUUUUAGCUACAGUUUUCUGUUCUUCAUGGUUGGGAAAUUUUUGACCACUAACAAUACUAUCUUCUUAGCCAAAUGCUGCCGUUUUUGCUGGAUUUAUUCACAAUAAGUUCACAUACUAGUCAUCACCGUUUAUAGUUUCUUUUUUUUUCAAUAUAGUUAAUAGUAAUUAUCCCACGCGCAUUAAAAAAAACCGAGGCCAUGACCUUGCCUUCAGAUGGAACGGUCUUUGCCUUCUUUGGAGCCGAUUCUCAAUUUUCAGUCCAUUGCUUUGAUUGUUUUUUGGUUUCGGCUGUGAAGUAAUGGCCCCACGUUUCAUCCAAGGUGCAAAAAUUCGGCUUUUUUCCUCUGAAACAUUACCAAACAUUCGAUGGAAAUAUCCUCAGCGCGCUGGUUUUGUUCCAGCAUAUAUAAGAUCUCUUUUACUCUGUUAGCAUAUCUGUUGGAUGUAAUUUGAUAAGUUGAUAAGUUGGUUCAUCACAUUCUCCAAUUAUCAAGAAAUGAGUGGUCAAAUCUUCAGUCAGUCGCUUACGUUUCCAUCCAAACUGUCAUCUUCUUAGAAUGCAUAAACAUAAUUUUUACUUAUCGAACCUAACCAGUUUUUCCAUCAAUUGUAACCACAGCAAUCAUUUUCAUUUUCAAGAACUUUUCUAACAAUCUACUUUCAAGAUUUUACGGCUCUACUGGCGUUGUUUUGUUGGGAUCAAUGUUGGCGAUGGAUUCAGCAAAAAGUGGGCAAACAAAUAAUUGUUUGGAGUUUUAUAGAAUGAUGAAAAAAUUGUCGGUUACACACAUACAUACAUAUGAAAUUAAUACAAGUGUGAUACUUUUGGAUAUAAAACAAAUUUCAAUUUAAAAACACUAUUUAAUAAAGAGUUUCGUAGAAGAAAUUCUAAUUUUUUUUUUAAAUUUUUAGAUACAAACUGUCGUACAAUGGGCCCUUGAGGGAUCAGACGAGAAAAAUUUAAUGUGUUUUGUAGUACCUGUCAGUAUUAUUUAGUUGAAAAUCAAUAAACUUUUAAAAGAUUA